AGCACGAGUUUGGACGCCGCUCUCCCCACCCUUUUGGGUCCGUGUCCGGGGAACUGCCUCGGCUGAGGGACUGCUGGAUACUCUGUGUCUGGCUGGUGUGGAGCGGUGUAAUGGUCUGUUGAUUCUCUUUCCACCUCUGCCCAUUCUCACGUCUUUCCUAUCAGGACCGGCUGGAUGGCCGUCAGGGCUCCCAACUGUCGCGUCCCCUGGGGCAUCAUAGAGAACGUAGUCCUCCAUUGGCUCAGUCUACCCUUUCCGAGUGUGGGUUAGAGUGCCUACGUCAUUUUCGGUCGCCUCGGGCUGGGUGAGGAGUGCCGCCACCAGAGGAGGACGCCGCUGGGUCGGGCAAACCUGGAGGGAGGCAAGAAACGUGUCGGGACCCGGAUUUGCAAGCUGAGGCUGGAAGGAAAGUGGAAGCUGCAGCCUGGUUCCGCUCCCGCUCCUCUUGGAGGGCGGCUGAGUCAGCGCUAGAGGGCUCUCGCGCCUUGAGCUGGGAAGAGCCUGAGGGAGGGGAGUAAGGCUCCUUUGCCAGCCUGAGGAGGAAGAGCAGUGUAGAGAAAAACCUUGGGUCACAAGCGUAGCUUGGACACGUAGCCUGCAGACACGUUCCCCGCUCCUCAGCUCGGAGUUGACGCAUCCACACCUCCAGGCUGCGCAUUAAAAUGGCUGGCUGUGCCACUACUCCUAACCCCAUGCAGACCCUUCAGGAGGAAGCGGUGUGUGCCAUCUGCCUGGAUUACUUCAAGGAUCCCGUUUCCAUAGGCUGUGGGCACAACUUCUGCCGAGGAUGUGUGACCCAGCUGUGGGGCAAGGAAGAUGAGGAAGACAGGGACGGGGAAGAAGAUGGAUGGGAAGAAGACGAGGACGACGAUGUGGAGGGGGCCACCGGUGGAUGGGACAACUCUAUUAGAGAGGUUUUGUACCAGGGCAGUGCUGACGAGGUGUUCCAGGACCAAGAAGAUGAACUCUGGGUUGGUGACGGUGGCGUCAGGAAUUGGGACAACAUGGACUAUGUGUGGGACCAGGAGGAAGAAGAGGAGGAAGAUCAGGACUAUUACCUGGGAAGCUUGAGACAUGACCUGAGAAUUGACGUCUACCCAGAAGAGGAGAUAUUGGAAGAAUACGAGGACGAGGAAGAGCUGUAUCCUGACACCCACUUGCCUCCUCCUCCUCCACCUCCCCCCCCUCCUCCGCCCCCUCCACGUCAGUUCAUCUGUCCCCAGUGCCGAAAGAGCUUUAAGCGUCGCAGCUUUCGUCCCAACUUGCAGCUAGCCAACAUGGUCCAGAUAAUUCGACAGAUGAGCCCCACUCCUUAUCGAGGAAGUCGGGGGAAUGAUCAGGGCAUCUGCUCCAAACACCAGGAAGCCCUGAAACUUUUUUGUGAAGUGGACAAAGAGGCUAUCUGUGUGGUGUGCCGAGAAUCCAGGACCCACAAACAACACAGCGUGGUGCCAAUGGAGGAGGUGGUGCAGGAGUACAAGGUUGGGGCUGUCCUGUGCAUUAUAGGAUGCCUAGGAGCAUUCCCUGGACUCUACCCACCAGAUGGAGUGGAGAUAGGAGAUGAAGAACUCGUGUUCUUGAACUGAGAGGAAAUCCUCUGCGUAUACAGGUCAACAGCCAGGGGAGUGCUUGCGCUGAGCAUCUCUACUAGAUGAUGCGUGGAAUCUCUCACCUCUCCAUUUGUGCCAAGUGCCCAGGGCACUUGGCAUGACCCCAGUUAUGAACAGCAAGCUGGAUAUUGGUGUGGGUGAAGGUAAGAGUCUCCCACGACAAGAGGAGAAACAAAAUACAUGGGUCGAAGUCGAGUUGGACUAUAGUGUUGGAAAAGCAAGAAGACAGCUAAUUGGGGGUGCUAUGGUGGCGGGUGACAUACGUGACUGGGACCCUUGAAGCACAGUCAGGAUAGCGUCCUGAAGAGCCAUGAUUCUUCCCCAAGCCUGCUGGCCCUCUUGUCAAUUGCCCCUUACCUCCAUCUCACGGUUUGAGUUUCAGCACCUGCAACAAUCCAGUUCAAGACUUUUGCACUGACUGUCUCUCCAACUACAUCUCCUCCCACAUACUUUCCCUUAUUGGAACAUUAACUUUCCAUAUAGCCACAGGGCUGUAUCCUACUUCUUCCUCUCUUUGCUCCAAUCUCUCUCUCAAUCUCCGUUCCACUCACCCCAUCAAAUGUAAACCAAAAAAAAACAAACAAAAAAAACAAAACAAAAAACAGGUCCCCACCGUCUUGGCUCACAGGUGUAUUCCCCCCAACACCUAAAACAGGAACUGGUACCAAAGAAAUGCUAAGGUUGCCUGCAUUUACUCUGCCAGGCACCAUUCUGGGCGGCUUUACAUUUAUUGACUGAUUGAUUGAUUGAUUGAUAGAGAUAGAGCACAAGCAGGGGAGAGGCAGAGAGAGGACAGAAUCCCAAGCUGGCUCCGUGCUCUCUGCGCAAAGCUGGACGGGGUUCGAACUCACUAACUGUCAGAUCAUGACCUGGGCCAAAAUCCAGAAUCAGUCGAUUAACUGACUGAGCCACCAAGGCGUCCCUGGGUGCUUUACCUAACUCACUUACUCUCCUCAACACCGUUUUAGGUUGAUAGUAUUGUUUCCAACCUCAUUUUACAGAUGUGACACUAAAAAUAAUACACAUUACAAACAAAAUAAUUAUGUAUAAUCCCCCUUAUUUUGCAUAAAUGAUAGUCACUGCUAUCAUCCUGGUCUGUGCAACCCCCCCCUCCCCUAUUUAAAAAAUAUUUGAGGGGCACCUGGGUGGCUCAGUCAGUUAAGCAUCUGAAUCUGGAUUUUGAUUCAGGUCAUGAUCUCAGGAUUUGUGAGUUCGAUCCCAGUGUCCAGCGUUCUGCCAAGAGCAUGGAGCCUGCCUGAAUAUUCUCUCUCCUUCUCUCUCUGCCCCCACCCCCGUUCAUGUGCACCUCCCUCUCUCUCUUAAAAUAAAUAAACUUAAAAAAAAUAAAAUUAAAAAUACUUGAGAGAGGCGCUGCCAGCCAGCAUCAUAUCUUAAUUUCAAGAAUGUGCCGUAGCGGGAGGCACUACAUACUCACAUACCAUGAGGUUAAAUGGGAGGGCGGUAGCCAGCCAGGCAACCAUGUUCCACUGCUUCCCAGUCUGAGGACACCUCCUUGGGGGCACGCCUGGACCCCCCAGCCGGCCUUUCUGGGAGGUGGUUAGGCCCAGAGCGGCUUUGGACCCGAGUCCCCAGAAUUCAGAACCCGGAGGCCUUUCCUCUCGCGGCCGUUCAGUUUCUAUGACGGCUCUCUGCACUCCUGCCUAGACGAGAGCUCGGUGACCGAUAAGCGGCCCACGGACCGAUUUUUCGUUCCUCCCCGCUUUUACGCACCGUAACCCAUUUUCGUCUUAACUCCUGCCUGGACUAAGCCCUUCCGAACAGGGAGUGCCUCAGCCAAUUCCCUCAGAGCAAAAACCUCUUGAUGAAAGAGCUGCCCUCUGAGACAGAAGUCUGUUAGGGUUUAAUAAUUCACCUGAGCACAGUGUAUUUAAAAAAAUUUAAUACCAUAUUUUUCAUAUCGCUUA